AUGGAUAAAGAUACUAAGGUUACUGGUGAAUACGAUGAAGAAAAUCGCAUCCAUAAAAUCAGGCUUACUCUAGUGUCUAGAGAUCUCAAGUCAAUUGAAAAGGCUUGCCGCGAUAUAAUAGCUGGCGCCAAGGAGAAGAACCUGAGAGUAAUAGGCCCAGUAAGGAUGCCAGUCAAAAAGCUGAAGCUGACCACAAGAAAGUCCCCUUGCGGUGAAGGCACCAACACGUGGGAUCGCUUUGAAAUGAGAAUCUACAAACGCCUCAUUGACUUGCACUCGUCGAGCGCAGUUGUCAGAAAAAUUACUUCAAUACCACUCGACCCAGGUGUAGAAGUUGAGGUCUCAAUAUAA